AUGCCCUUUAACAUUCUGAAAGCCCAUGAUGCCUUCCUUUACGAUUCAGAUUGCGAAGAAGACAUUAAAGUAGUAGAGGAAGAUGCUGAGUUGAGCAUUUGGGAAAUCUGGAAACAAAUAACAAAGAAAAUGCAAACAGAAGAAGAUGUUGAUAACUUGGAGCACCUAAACGUGAUCCAGCUUGGAAACAACAUACGAUCCGAAGUGACAAAGAAGCAUUAUCCUCCAAAUUUGAUUGAAAAGACAGAUGUGAUAAUCAAAGACAUUCCCAACUUUUUCGUGUCAGACAUACAGUACUACAAUAUGUUUUUUGAUACAUUGGUUCUCAAUAACGAAAAGCUCACCAAUGAAUCAUUAGCAGAGGAACACUUGACAGUUUUUCAAUCAGAAAACCCCUUCAUGAAAUUCUUUUAUGGGGUCAUUUCAACGCUUGUUUCUGAAGCAUUGGCUCAAAAUUCUGACACCUGGCUGGGAACUCUGUUAGAACUACAGAGUUUUAUGGCCAUGGAUGGAAUAUCCAUGUCAAAGUAUCUCAACAACAAAUUUCCUGCCUGGUGA